AAAGAGAAGAAAAACAUGAAUUCUUGGUCUUCUGGUUGUAUGAGUGCCAUUUUUAGAGUGUUUGAUAUUCAACAUCAUCAGUCGUUUCGAUUUCAUCAUCCAUCUUUUAUAUCGGAAUCAACUAUCAAUAUUAACUCGCCACAAUCCACUUUUAGUCUUCAAGGCGUAGAAGCACCAAGAAAUAGCUUGGAGACACCGGAAUCCGCCAUGGAGAACAUUGCUCCAUCAUCAUCAUCAUCAAAAGUUAAAGAACAAAAAAAUUUGAACAUUCAAAUGGGUGGAAUUAAAAUCAAAACACAACGAUCAAGAUUUACUGAUGAUAUAUCUUCAGAAUGUAGCAGUUCUCCGGGUACUAAAACACCCGGUUUAGUUGCUAGAUUAAUGGGUCUGGAUCUUUUGCCCGAAUAUUCAUCUCCAAGGCCAUCUUCUUCUUCUACGACUCCGGUGAAUUCACAUCAUCGUAGCAGUUCGUUACCAACGACACCAAGGAUGUCGACUGCCAGCAGGCGCUCAACUGAUAAUGAAUAUCAUCACCGGCUUUCACUCCAAGUAGAUAAAGAAAACGAUAUGAAAAUGACACGUAGAAAGUCAGAAGAAUACGCAAAGCAAAUUGCGAAUCAAGUAAGGGAAAGAAUCAACCGGAGACUUGGAACCGAUAUUACAAAUACCGUUUCAACCACAAAAAAUAAAGAGCAAAGACGAGAUUCAAAUCUUGUCUUGUUGAAACCAAAAAAGGUUGUUGCACGGACACCAGCAUCAGCACUGGCGUCCGUGACAACAACAAAAGUGAAAAAUGAUGAAAACACAACCUUUUUGAGAUCACCAAAGUUUAGAUUGUUGGAUAUCAACAAUAAUCUUAACAAACCCAUGUCAAAUUCACAAUCUUCACCACAAGUUAAAGUUGAGAAGCCAUUGAAAGAAAAGAAAAUAAAGAGAAUUCCAAGUGAAAGAUAUGAUUUGAGAUUGAAGAAAAUGAGUCAACAAGAUGAUGCUAUUGUGAUGAGGAAAAAUUGCAAAAAGAAGUCAACUACAUUACAACAUCAUGUUGUGAAUGUCAAGAACACAACAAAGUUUCUUUCAUUCAAGAAAGAGGUGACGUCAUCGUCCUCAACAACAAGAUUACCUCAAAAGCAGGUGUCCUUUUUGGGGAGCAUGAAACAUUUACCUAGUAAUCCGAACUUAUCGUACAACAAUGUAGUCACCACCACCACUACUUUUUUGGAUCACUUUGACUACAUUUCAAGAAUCAUAGACCAAUGUGGUAUUUAUCACACAACUCUUAUUUCCUAUGGCCAAUGGCACACACCAUCACACCCUCUUCACCCUUCAAUAUUUCACACACUCGAAAAACAAUAUCAUCAUACGAAUACCACGAAACGAAAGUUAAUAUUCGAUUUAGUAGACGAGUUAUUAUCCGAAAUAUUAAGGCCUUAUAUGAAUUGUGUUGGUCCAUAUUUGCCACAAGCUAUAUGUACAAUGUGUGGAAAUGAGUUGAUAAAAAAAGUAUGUGACAAAAUUGAUAGUUUUGGUCCCGGGGCUAAAUGUGACACAUUGGAAGAUAUUGAUGGGUUGAUUGAGAGGGAUAUGGGGACCGGUUUACGGCGGCUUUUGAUGACGGCGGUUGAGGCGGAGAUAGGGGAGAUAGUGACGGAGAUUGUGGAGAUGAUGGUGGUUGAAAUGGUGGAACCGGCAAAGACUGACAAGAUGAGGUCACAUGUGAUGUUCACGUGAGCAGAUUCUAUUCGUUUGGCACAAAAAUGAAGGCAUAUUUGGAAAGGCAGCUUUUUUAUGUGGUCAAGUGAGAAACAUUGGUUGUCACAAAGCCAUGAUUUACAUAAUUAUUGUGUUGUUUCUCUCUUACCUUUUUGUUAUAUAUAUAGUUUAUAGAAAUAAAAAAUAUAGUUAUGGAA